AUGGAGGACGAUGAUAGCGAGGAGCCGUCUUUAAAAUGUGCCAGCUCGCGGUUGUCCUUUGCAUCAGACCACACGAUUAGUGAACACCAGGCUGGCUUGCUGGGCCUGGGAGCUGCUGGAGCUGCAGCUGGAGAAACAGAACUGGACCCAGGAAACAUUCCCCAGAGCACUGACCGGGCAGAGGACUUCUUGGAAGAGCUGAAGCUGGUGGUGCGGGGCUCGCUGUUCCAGGUGGCCAGCCUACAAGACUGUUUCCUGCAGCAGAGCGAACCCUUGGCCGCCACAAGCACAGGAGACUUCAAUCGACAGUUCUUGGGUCAGAUGACACAGUUAAACCAACUCCUUGGAGAGGUGAAGGAUCUGCUGAGGCAGCAGGUCAAGGAAACGUCGUUUUUGCGAAACACUAUUGCUGAAUGCCAGGCUUGUGGUCCUCUCAGUUUUCAGUCCCCAACUCCAAACACACUGGUGCCCAUAGCUCCUCCAGCACCCCCAACUCGCCCGCCACGCCGGUGUGACUCCAGCCCUUGCUUCCGAGGCGUCCGAUGCACAGACACCAGGGAUGGCUUCCAGUGCGGACCCUGCCCGGAUGGUUACACGGGCAACGGCAUCACCUGUUCUGAUGUGGAUGAGUGCAAAUACCAUCCCUGCUAUCCAGGUGUGCGCUGUGUGAACUUGGCUCCAGGCUACAGAUGUGAGGCCUGCCCAGUAGGGUUCACGGGGCCCAUGGUGCAGGGGACAAUCCCCCGGGUUCUCAGCAUAACCCCUUACCACCUUGAGCAGCCAGGGCCUGGCGGCAGACCGUGGUAUACGGGAUCGUAUCGCUGCGGACCUUGCAAACCGGGGUACACUGGUGACCAGACCCGGGGGUGUAAGACUGAAAGAAACUGCAGGAACCCGGAGCUGAACCCCUGCAGCGUGAACGCGCAGUGCAUUGAGGAGAGGCAGGGGGAUGUAACCUGUGUGUGUGGUUUUGGUUGGGCUGGUGACGGCUACGUCUGUGGAAAGGGUGACAUUGACAGUUACCCUGAUGAAGAACUGCCGUGCUCUGCUAGAAAUUGCAAGAAGGAUAACUGCAAGUAUGUGCCAAACUCUGGCCAAGAAGAUGCAGAUGGAGACGGCAUCGGAGAUGCCUGUGAUGAGGAUGCUGAUGGAGAUGGGAUCCUGAAUGAGCAGGACAACUGUGUCCAUCACAAUAUAGACCAAAGGAACAGUGAUAAAGAUAUCUUCGGGGAUGCCUGUGACAACUGCCGGACUGUCCUGAAUAAUGACCAGAGGGACACUGAUGGAGAUGGAAAAGGGGAUGCCUGUGAUGACGACAUGGACGGAGAUGGAAUAAAAAACAUUUUAGACAACUGUCCCAGAGUUCCCAACCGUGACCAGCGAUCGGAUAGUGAUGGUGUCGGAGAUGCUUGUGAUAGCUGUCCUGACGUCAGUAACCCUAACCAGUCGGACGUGGAUAAUGAUCUGGUUGGGGACUCCUGCGACACCAACCAGGACAGUGAUGGAGACGGCCACCAGGACAGCACAGACAACUGCCCCACCGUCAUUAACAGUGCCCAGCUGGACACUGACAAGGACGGGAUUGGCGAUGAGUGUGACGAUGACGAUGAUAAUGAUGGCAUCCCAGACCUGGUGCCCCCGGGCCCAGACAACUGCCGCCUGGUUCCCAACCCAGCCCAGGAAGACAGUAACAAUGAUGGAGUAGGGGACAUCUGUGAAGCAGACUUCGACCAGGACCAGGUCAUCGAUCGCAUUGACGUCUGCCCCGAGAACGCAGAGAUCACCCUGACUGACUUUAGGGCCUACCAGACUGUGGUCCUGGACCCUGAAGGGGAUGCCCAGAUCGACCCCAACUGGGUGGUCCUGAACCAGGGCAUGGAAAUUGUGCAGACCAUGAACAGUGACCCCGGCCUAGCAGUGGGGUACACGGCAUUUAAUGGCGUUGACUUUGAAGGGACCUUCCACGUAAACACCCAGACAGAUGACGACUAUGCCGGCUUUAUUUUUGGCUACCAAGACAGCUCCAGCUUCUAUGUGGUCAUGUGGAAGCAGACAGAGCAGACGUACUGGCAGGCCACACCGUUCCGCGCAGUCGCAGAGCCGGGCAUUCAGCUCAAGGCUGUCAAGUCUAAAACUGGCCCAGGGGAGCAUCUCCGCAACUCCCUGUGGCACACGGGGGACACCAGCGACCAGGUCAGGCUGCUGUGGAAGGACUCCAGGAACGUGGGCUGGAAAGACAAGGUGUCGUACCGCUGGUUCCUUCAACACAGGCCCCAGGUGGGCUACAUCAGGGUGCGGUUUUACGAAGGCUCGGAGUUGGUGGCUGACUCUGGGGUCACCAUAGACACCACCAUGCGCGGAGGCCGACUUGGUGUGUUCUGCUUCUCUCAAGAAAACAUCAUCUGGUCCAACCUCAAGUACCGCUGCAAUGACACCAUACCAGAGGACUUCCAGGAGUUCCAGACCCAGAGUUUCGACCGCUUGGAUAAUUAAGCCAAAGAAGAAAUCUCACAACUGCUUUCUCAAACACUAAAAACAUUACCUUUUUUUUUUUUUUUAAAACUUCCCGUAAUUCUCUUUAUAUUACUGUGGCUUUUCUUUUACCAGCCCAAAUACACUAGAACUUUUUAUACAGAUGUGGAAAUAAAGAAGACUAUUUCUAAUAAC